CACAUUUCUCCGGUGUAAGCAGCCCGCAUCUGAAUCAUUCGAUGGUCCGCUCCUCGCAUAUCAAGAAAGCCAUAUCCAUGCUCGGUGGUACUCUUGCAACUUCUCAUGAGCAACUAUUGUUGUUCUUGAAUCUGAUUGGUAUCGCUACCCUCGCCACUCUUGUGACCGACUUGGUUCAGGAAGGCCCCGGUUCCGGUGGUUCUUGCGAGGGAACUCUUCUCAUGCUAGCUGGAAAGCAACAUCUGAACAGGGUACACGAGCCUGGAGAACAUGAGAUCAGCGAAUCCAAGAGUUGUUUGUUGGUCGGUUCAGAACGAAAUCUGGCAGCUGGAGAAGAGAACUUGAAUAAGAAUUUUUCUGAGAAGCAAGAUGAAAAAUGGGCAACUGAAGGUAUUAAAAGUGAGAUAGAGAAGCCGAAUCCAGCACAUCUUAAAUUCACAAUUUCAAAACAGAAAGUCAAAAGUACAAGAAAGGGGAAGAAGAAGAAGCAGGGAAAAAUUGAAUCCAGUGCUGCUUGUGAUCAAAAAUCAGGGCGAUUGCCUGAUAGGCACCUUCCAGAGGCCCCUGAUAAGGUCUUGGACAGGGGAAAAAAAGGGAUUGCUGAAGUGCAACAAGCUUUCAUAGAGCAUUCAAAAGAUCACAAGACUGAAGUUGCUGCAGAGGUCUCCAAAGUGUUCAUUUUGACUGAGGAAGAUCUGGAGUCGCGCAUGAGGAAUUUCUACGCUUCAAGAAUCAAGGCUGCUUUCGAUCCGAGAGAAACAGACCAGGACGGCGAGAUCUUUCCCAAGGUUAUCAAACCAUUGUGGGCGCAUGCCAUACACACACCAGAAUGCUCCAGGUUAUUAGAAAAAAGUAUUCAAAAUGUAAGGAUGGAGGCAAACAAAAGAGGACUUGAUACAAGUUCUUGGUAUAAAGAAAGCUUGAGAAACAUACUAGAAAUUCUGGAACCUCAUUUGCAAACUACCAAUCACCAAAAUCAUCUUUCUCUUCCAGAGAUGGAUGAUACAAUGUACAGGAAUCUACAGGUACUUUGGAAUUCCAAUCCAGAAGCAUUUUUGCAAAUCGAACCAAUUCUUGCAUCCAGACUAAGCAAAUAUGAAUUGCACAGGAGGCUUUCAACCUUAACCAACCAAAUCAUACAAAAGACAGCAAUUGAGAACUGGAAGCUGAUCAGUAAGGCAUUAGGCGAUAAAGGUAACAAGCGUCGAGUUAAUCAGUUUUUAAAAUCUCUUCAGCAAAAUUUUGAGCUCGACCACGAAUUCCCAGAUACACUUAAUUGCUUUGAGCUGUGGUCCAAAAUCCCAACAAUUUUCACAAAUAUACUAGGCAAGACUAAAUACGAUGCUUCGAGCUUACUUAUGUCAAUUGUAGGCCCUUUCGAAUACAGGAGGCGAUUCAACUUUGAAAUUUUUUACCAUGAAUCCUCUGACUUGCAGUUAAACAUCAAGCCUCAGACUGAGUUACCAUUGAAUGUUAUGGAAGACCUUCACUUUUCAGAAAAAUAUAAGGGAGUAAAUGUUUGGAAUGUGUGCUGCAUUGUCCGCUAUCUUGGUCUGGGAAAUUCAAAGCGUUUUGAAGACUCUUCAGACCAUGACCUCUCGUCUGAUUUUGAAAGUGUUUUGAAAUUGUUGAAUUGCAAAACGUACUGGGAAGAUCAAGUGUUAUUCUAUGACCUAGCAAUGCCUCCACAUGUCUUGAACUCACUUGAAGAGCUGCGAGCAGUCAACACCAAGUUCAAAGCAGGAGUUUAUUCAAACUUGGUUUGA